AUGGAUAAAACAAAUUCAACAAAUAUUUUAGAUUCUAAGGAUCGAGUUUUAAAGCUUGAAAAUUUGUCUUUUGAAAUUUUUCAAGAACUCGAGAAAGCUCCUCAUGAAAUCUACGUACAAGACCUUUCUAAAAAUGAAAAAAAUGAAGCUAAUGACAAUUCAACUGUAAACGAAAAUUUGAAUAAUGCUGAUGAUCCAAGAAAUUGGUCUUCAAAAAAGAAGCUGUUUGUUUUGCUUAUCGUAGCUAUUUGUGGAAUAACGACGCCUCUUGCGGGAACGAUACACUUUCCCGCGCUUAUUGUAAUACAAAAGGACUUUAACGCUUCCAUUUUGGCUAUAGAUACUUUUGGAAUAGGGCCAAUAGUAUGGGCUGCUUAUUCUGAUGAACUAGCAACAAGAAAAAAAGUAUAUAUUGUUUCCUUUUUGGUAUUUAUUUCAGCAUCGGUGGUAUGCGCAACCGCGACAAACAUUUGGUUGUUAACAGCAAUGCGCUCCAUUCAAGCUAUUGGUAAUUCUGCUGUAUUACCACUUAGUGCUGGAGUUAUAAGUGACAUUUACGAUCCUAUUGGAACAACUUUUGGUGGAUUCAUAGCUCAAUAUCUUGGUUGGCGUUGGAUUUUUUGGAUUCUGACAAUUUUCGGUGGUUUCCUUUUUAUUUUGAUAUUAUUUUUCCUUCCUGAAACUUUUAAUGUUAAUUAUUUAAAGGCUAAUCCAAGUCUUCGAUUUAAUCCAAUUGCUCCACUAAAAUUAUUUAAACACCCACAUAUCAUUCUUAUUGUUACAUAUAUUUGUAUAUCAACUAUAAUUCUUCAAAUUCAAAAUAUUAGUAUUCCUAUAAACUUUUCUGCACGAUAUAACUUUACAUCUUCUCAAAUUGGUAUGUUUCUUAUCGCUCCUUCUUCUGGGUUUAUGCUUGGAAGUUUAUUAGGAGGAAAAUACUCAGAUUACUUAUCAAAGAAAUCAAUCUUAAGUUCUGGUGGUGUUUAUUAUCCUGAAGUAAGAAUAAAAAGUGCUUGGUUUGGAUCAUUAUUAUUUCCGGUAACUGGCUUCAUUUAUGGAUGGCUAUUAGAUAUUAGUUUUAACAUUUACGUAUUGGCAAUUUUAAUAUUUUUAUGCUCGUUUGGAACGUUAAUCACAUUUAGCACAUUAUCAACAUACCUUGUCGAUGCGUGUCCUGGACGUGGUGCUUCUGUUAUGUCAUUAGUUAGCCUUAUUAGAUUUUGUGUACCUGGUAUUAUAAUGAUGUUCGAAACUUCUAUUGAAGAAAGUUUGGGUGUUCGUUGGAUGUUUGCUUUAAUAAGUAUAAUAUGUUUUCUUAGUAUUUCAUUCUUAAUUGUUGUAUAUAUUAAUGGAAAGAAAUGGAGAUCUAGGUUUGUUGUUCCAACCUAA